GUCGUUCCGCUCUCGGGCGUUGGGGCCUGAAUUCUCCUAGGGUUGGGGUGCUGUGCCUGGGCGCCUGUGGGGAACAGGCGAUGAGCCCGGGGACGGACGGAGCUGAGAUGGCAGAGUGGAGCUGCAGUGUGUGGGGUGGGAAAGCGGCCGCCGAAACCUCGGCCUGCGGGCCACAUCGGAAGGGGAAACUGAGAGCCGAUCUUUGGGAGGGCAGGAGUCGCACCGCAGGUCCCCCAGAUGUGUCUGUCUUCCACAGGGAGGACGUGGGGUGGUGGCGGAGUUGGCUUCAGCAGAGCUACCAGGCAGUCAAAGAGAAGUCUUCUGAAGCUUUGGAGUUCAUGAAGCGGGACCUGACUGAGUUUACCCAGGUGGUACAGCAUGACACAGCCUGCACCAUUGCAGCCACGGCUAGUGUGGUCAAGGAGAAGCUGGCUACUGAAGGCUCCUCUGGGGCAACAGAAAAAAUGAAGAAGGGGUUGUCUGACUUCCUAGGGGUGAUUUCAGACACCUUUGCUCCCUCACCGGACAAAACCAUCGAUUGCGAUGUCAUCACCCUGAUGGGUACUCCCUCUGGCACAGCUGAGCCUUACGAUGGCACCAAGGCUCGCCUCUACACUCUACAGUCAGAUCCGGCAACCUACUGCAAUGAACCUGAUGGACCCCCGGAAUUGUUUGACGCCUGGCUUUCCCAGUUCUGCUUGGAGGAGAAGAAGGGGGAGAUCUCAGAGCUCCUUGUAGGCAGCCCCUCCAUCAGGGCCCUCUACACCAAGAUGGUUCCAGCAGCUGUUUCCCAUUCAGAAUUCUGGCAUCGCUAUUUCUAUAAAGUCUACCAACUGGAGCAGGAGCAGGCACGGAGGGAUGCCCUGAAGCAACGGGCAGAACAGAGCAUCUGUGAAGAGCCUGGCUGGGAGGAAGAAGAAGAGGAAUUCAUGGGCAUUUCACCAUCUCCCAAAGAGGCAAAGGUUCCUGUGGCCACAACUUCAACAUCCCCUGAAGUAAUACCUGGUCCCCAGAGCCCCUGUGAAGAGACUGCAGUGACUUCUAUGGAGCCUCCCACAGAGGUGACUCCGUCUGAGAGCAGUGAGAGCAUAUCCCUCGUGACACAGAUUGCCAACCCUGCCACUGCAUCUGAGGCACCAGUGCUGCCCAGAGACCUGUCUCAAAAGCUGCUUGAGGCAUCUUUGGAGGAACAGAGCCUGACUAUGGAUGAGGGCGAGACUGGACCCCCACCACCAGUUCCCUCUAAGCCCCUAACCCCUGCUGGCCGCACCAGUGGUCCAGAGCCCAGGCCUCCAGCCAGAGUAGAGACUCUGAGAGAGGAGGUGCCUACAGACUUACGUGUGUUCGAGCUGAAUUCAGACAGUGGGAAGUCUACACCCUCCAACAAUGGCAAAAAAGGCUCAAGCACAGACAUCAGUGAAGACUGGGAGAAGGAUUUUGACUUGGACAUGACCGAAGAAGAAGUGCAGAUGGCACUUUCCAAAGUAGAUGCCUCUGCUGAGCUGGAAGAUGUAGAGUGGGAGGACUGGGAAUGAGGGGAGCCACAGCAAGCAGCUCCUCCACCCACGGCAACUUCCACCUCCUUCACUCAACUCAGCCUAGCCCUGGAAGAUACUGAGAAUGUCCCUCAAAUGGCCUCUGCCAUCUACAGCUUUGGGUACAGAACUCUGCUGGUCCUUUGGGCCUCUGCUUACACCUUGUGAAGAGGUUCUCUUAAAUCCAAAGCCCAGAGCUCUAACUUGUGCCAACCUUAGGAUGACCUAAGGGGAAGGACACCUACCCUGUCACCAGAGAGCCUACAUUUCUCUGCGGAACACCCACUGUUCCUGGGGACUUCUGGAGGGACCCCAAGGGAUAGGUCUAACCCUUCCACAUGGAUACAGAUGAACCACCAGUCUCUUGGGGGAAGCUGAGACAAUACUCUGUCCACCCAUAAACAGGCAAGGAAGGCUAUGCCACCUGCCCUUGGCUAAACAGGGACUUCAAGCACGUUUUAACUCCUGGCCCAGAGGGUAAGAGGCACUUGUCUCUGGGAAAUUUGCCUCUCCUGGGAAUCUUCCUCUACCCCCACCCCAACCCCAGGUAUUUUUCCACUCCUGGAAAGUGUCUCUAGGGUUCAGAAUCUAAGACCAAACCCCCCACCCCUGUCUUUUCUAUCCUCCAGCCCACACAGGGAUGUCCCCAUACUUUCCUAGGGCUUCACAUCAGAUGCACCCGAGUCCUUAGCCCAGCUGUGCCACUGCAAGAGCCUACUCUUGCAUUUCUUCCCCUCCCUAAGAAGGGAGGGGGCUACUUCAGGCCCCUCUGUGUGUUGCCUGGCAGGAUACUUGGUCCAAGCAGCUACCUACCUUCAUCUCCCUGGAGCUUAGGAUACAAACCGGCUACUAGCGGUACGGAGUGGUGAGCAAAAGUGAGGACUCAGCCCUCUGCUCCCAAAGAGACAUGCUGGGGGCGGACAUCCUGAGACUCAGCCGGCUUCUGCAGAGGCUGCCCUUCCUGAAGACAGAGCCUGCUUGUGGCUCGCAUUCUCCACCCUGGUAAAGCCGCACUUCUCUUGGGCUUGAGGGCUGCAGUGAUUUCCUGGAGACCUUGGUGCUUCAUGAUGCUGCUCUGAUGAUUCUUGUAUGUAAACUGGUGUGUCCACCAGUGAUUUAAAGGGAUCGUGGUCAAGGGCACCAAGAGUGGUGGGCACUUCACUUCAAACCUUCAGUGAGGGGGUGGGAUGGAGAGAAUGCUGAAUCUUUUUGAUGAGAUGGGUUUUUCUCUUUGUAAUUAUUUCUUUAGUUUAAUUAACCUUUUGGUUGUUUGUGCAAUAUUAUAUAUUUUAAAUUAUAAUGCAUCUCCCCAGAGUAUUUUAUAGCCAGGAAAAGAAAAAAAA